AGAGUAUGCAGGCUACCACUUGUGUCAUUUUGUGGCGAGACUCUUGUGAAACACCUGCUCACAACAGCCCUUCUGUUCAUUUUUUUCAACAAAGAUGCAGAAGUGGGUUGUGAUCUGCUGGGCCGUCCUGGCUGUGGUUGGUGCUGAUGUGUGUCCAGAUGGAGGGCUGUGUAAAGAAGGGGAAACCUGCUGCAACAGCCCAGAAAACGGUUACGGGUGUUGCCGAUAUGAAAACGCUGAGUGCUGUGAUGAUCACAUCCACUGCUGUCCAGCGGGCACAGUCUGUAAUAAAGCCUUAUCUGGCUGUAUUAAUACCACCCUGACCAUCCCCUGGGUGAAAAGAACCCCUGCUGAUCAGCCCAAACUCUGUAAAUCCUUCAGGAUGAUCAAGGCCUAUGAGAGUCAGGAAGACGACAACAUCUGCCCCGAUCUGUCACGAUGCCCUGCUGAGUUUUCCUGUCUGAAGGGUUUGACGAAGUUUGCCUGCUGUCCUCUAACUCAGGGAAUCUCCUGCCCCGAUGGCAAACACUGCUGCCCUGAGGGCCACGACUGCAGCUCAGACAGCCGCGCCUGCAUCAAAAAAGAGCUCGUGGUUACAGUUCUGUGCAGCGAUGGCGUUUCGGAGUGCCCAGAUGGUACCACCUGCUGUGAAACAACAGAAGGCAAAUGGGCAUGCUGUCCACUACCAAAGGCCGUGUGCUGCGCUGACAAGAUACACUGCUGCUCUGAAGGAACCACAUGUGAUGUCGAGCAUUCCAAAUGCAUUCACUCUUCUACCAAGAAAGAGAUGCCAAUGUGGGCAAAGCUCCCUGCCAGAGUGAGAGCAGCUUGGGAAAACCAGAAAGAAGUGCCAGCUGAGGCGGUGAAUAACACAGGAACAGAAAACGCCCCCAAAGUCACCACAGCCAAUCUGCUUCCUCCAUCUGGCAACAAUGUUCAAUGUGAUGACACAACAUCCUGUCCUGAUGGCAAUACCUGCUGUAAAACCAAAGAUGGUAGCUGGGGCUGCUGUCCUCUGCCAGAGGCGGUCUGCUGUGAUGAUCACGAAACCUGCUGCCCAACCGGCACCACCUGUGACACCACCACCGGGUCCUGCAAUGGCCCAUCAGGCUCAACACCCAUGCUAAAGAAGCUGCCUGCGUUUCUUACUGGAGGAAGACCAGUGGAGAGAGAAGAAAAAGAAAAGAAGGCAGGAUUAACUGUGAUGCCCACACCAGCUGACCUUAGCCUUUUGGUUUUCACUAAAUGUCUGUUUGUCUUUUUUCCAGGAAACAAUGUUCCAUGUGAUGACACAACAUCCUGUCCUGAUGGCAAUACCUGCUGUAAAACCAAAGAUGGUAGCUGGGGCUGCUGUCCUCUGCCAGAGGCGGUCUGCUGUGACGAUCACGAAACCUGCUGCCCAACCGGCACCACCUGUGACACCACCACCGGGUCCUGCAAUGGCCCAUCAGGCUCAACACCCAUGCUAAAGAAGCUGCCUGCGUUUCUUACAGGAGGAAGACCAGUGGAGGAGAAGAAGAAAGAAAAAGAAGGUAACAAUGUUCAAUGUGAUGACACAACAUCCUGUCCUGAUGGCAAUACCUGCUGUAAAACCAAAGAUGGUAGCUGGGGCUGCUGUCCUCUGCCAGAGGCGGUCUGCUGUGACGAUCACGAAACCUGCUGCCCAACCGGCACCACCUGUGACACCACCACCGGGUCCUGCAAUGGCCCAUCAGGCUCAACACCCAUGCUAAAGAAGCUGCCUCGUUUCUUACUGGAGGAAGACCAGUGGAGGAGAAGAAGAAAGAAAAAGAAGGCAGGAUUAACUGUGAUGCCCACACCAGCUGACCUUAGCCUUUUGGUUUUCACUAAAUGUCUGUUUGUCUUUUUUCCAGGUAACAAUGUUCCAUGUGAUGACACAACAUCCUGUCCUGAUGGCAAUACCUGCUGUAAAACCAAAGAUGGUAGCUGGGGCUGCUGUCCUCUGCCAGAGGCGGUCUGCUGUGAUGAUCACGAAACCUGCUGCCCAACCGGCACCACCUGUGACACCACCACCGGGUCCUGCAAUGGCCCAUCAGGCUCAACACCCAUGCUAAAGAAGCUGCCUGCGUUUCUUACUGGAGGAAGACCAGUGGAGGAGAAGAAGAAAGAAAAAGAAGGUAACAAUGUUCCAUGUGAUGACACAACAUCCUGUCCUGAUGGCAAUACCUGCUGUAAAACCAAAGAUGGUAGCUGGGGCUGCUGUCCUCUGCCAGAGGCGGUCUGCUGUGACGAUCACGAAACCUGCUGCCCAACCGGCACCACCUGUGACACCACCACCGGGUCCUGCAAUGGCCCAUCAGGCUCAACACCCAUGCUAAAGAAGCUGCCUGCGUUUCUUACUGGAGGAAGACCAGUGGAGGAGAAGAAGAAAGAAAAAGAAGGAAACAAUGUUCCAUGUGAUGACACAACAUCCUGUCCUGAUGGCAAUACCUGCUGUAAAACCAAAGAUGGUAGCUGGGGCUGCUGUCCUCUGCCAGAGGCGGUCUGCUGUGACGAUCACGAAACCUGCUGCCCAACCGGCACCACCUGUGACACCACCACCGGGUCCUGCAAUGGCCCAUCAGGCUCAACACCCAUGCUAAAGAAGCUGCCUGCGUUUCUUACUGGAGCACCUACUACAGUGCAGCCUACAACUGAGAGUCCAACAACAAGCUCUAAACCAGAGGAGGAGGAGAAAGAAGAAGAAGGCAUGAUUAACUGUGAUGCCCACACCAGCUGCCCUCAGUCGACCACAUGCUGCUACAUGAAGAAGUUGGAGAAGUGGGGCUGCUGCCCGCUGCCUGAGGCGGUGUGCUGUGAGGAUGGGAGUCACUGCUGUCCUAAACAGUAUAAAUGUGACAAUAGCCGCACGUCAUGCAUAAAAGGGGAAGUGGUGAUUCCGUGGUACACCAAGAUUCCAGCCAUUACCAGCGACAAGGUCGAGCCCUCCUCUGUCCAGUGCGAAGGUGCAAACCAGUGUCCUGAACAAACCACCUGCUGCAAGCUGUUCACAGGCGAGUGGGGUUGCUGUCCACUCAAAAAUGCUGUUUGCUGUCCAGAUAAGGAGCACUGUUGCCCGCAGGGUUACACCUGUGACGUCUUAUCCAGAUCCUGCCAGAAGCUCAUCAUGAUGCAGCUGGAGAGAGUCCCACUGACACCGGUGUAUCUACUUGAGCCUGAACCCCAGCUCAGCCCAACAAAGCACAAAGACAUCAAGUGCGAUGACAAGACCAGUUGCGGAGAUGAUGAAACCUGCUGCAGGACUUCUGCCACUUCCUGGGGCUGCUGUCCAUCUCCUAACGCGGUGUGCUGCAGCGACAUGAAACACUGCUGCCCGACCGGGUACACCUGCACCGAAGAAGGCUCCUGCAUCCAGAACUCCAAGCUUUACUGGCCCAACUGGCACGUGUUCCUCGCCAACAAAAAAAGAGCCCUAAUUGUGUGAAAACACCACCUCUAAACUGUUACUAGUUUUAGUUUUUGCAUGUAAUGCACUAAUGGAGAAAGAAUUCUACAUUAAUUUCAAAAGGCUUUGUUUUUAAAUGACACUUUGAAAACGAUUUGCACCUCAGUUACUAAGAUGUUUGCAAUCCUGAAGAUGAAAGUUUCAGUCUGAAUGCACCUAAUUAUAUAGAUGACCGUGUGACUAAUGUAUUUAAGGAGUUAUCUUUGUUGUUCUAAGUACACUCAGUUUGUCAUUUGAAACUCUACUCCAUCCACAAUAGAAGACAGUCGAAGCACUCCACUUGUCAGUCAUCAAGACUUGCUGCAGCUGCCUUCUGUUAAAAAGGUCAUUUCUUUAUCAAUAAUAAUCAAUCUAAGCCUGAUUCAAUAUCUUUCAUUAUUCUGAACAUUCACUCUGAUCAUUGAUUUUGUGGCGUAAUUACUCAUUAAAUCUUGGGUUCAUAAUUUUGUGCAUUGGAUUAGUAAUCUGUGUUAAUGAGGCAAAGGUGAAGAAAUUCAUGCUUGGGCCAUCUUACCCUGUCAAACUGUCACAUUAUCCAUUAAAUCAAUAAAAGAGAAGUGACAUUAUUA